AGAAGGUCUGGAGAGAGAGGAUUUCAUUGCAAAACGAAAAGAUGGCAGCAAUUGAAGACGACUCGUGCAGGAGGGCAGGCUCGAUACCGUUCAAGUGGGAGGUCUGCCCUGGGACGCCCAAGCACACGAGGAGCGCGAGCGCCGCGGCGGCGGUGGCGGCAUCGCCUGCCAAGGUGGCGCCCAAGCUGACGCUGACGCCGCCUCCCUCCAUGGCGUCGUCGCCGUCGCCGUAUUACCACCACUCCGCGGCUUCGUCGCCUCGCGUCACCUCCGCGCGCUCGGCGUCGGUGUCACCCUCCCGGCGCCGGCCCUACGCGUAUGCCGGCGGUCACCGCCGAGCGCCGCCCACCGCCUUCAUCGACGCCGCGCCUCGGCCAGCGGCGAAUGAGUACGGCAGCGCCGCGCCUGAGCCAGACACGGCGGCGUUUGGGUGCUUCGCUCUGCCUAUGCUCCGGAGGAAAGGCAGCAAGAAAGGCGCCGGCCUCGGGUCCGCGUCCAGCUUCAGCUCCAGCUCCAGCUCGUCGGGAGGCAGCUUCAGGUCGGACGGCGGAGGGCUGGGGAUGCGGCGGUCGGCGUCGAUCUCAUCGGCCUCGUCGUUGCCACUGCCGCCCGGGAGGAGAUACGCCGCCCAAGCGAGGGCGGAGGUGGAUGCUGCUACUGGCCGUGGCUGGUACUUUUGACUAUUGUGUUCUGACUGGACGGCGACCGGCCGGCACGAGCGCUGCCCAGCAUUGUUGAAGAAAUAUAGGAGGAAGAUAUAACUUUGUGUGAUGAGAUGACGAGAUUUGAGAUCCCAGCUUUUGUGAAAAAUGUCUGGAGACUGUUUGCUUUUACUUAUUUGCUUCAUUAAGGGAGCAAAUGUGGAUGAACAGUUGCUCACAUGAUGUAACAACCGGGCAACAAAAUAAAAGGACCGUGAA